UGCCCGGACUUGGCACCGCGGCGCUCCGCUGUACGUGUAGCACGUCCCGGGCAGCGGAUCGAUGGGCUCCUGCAGCAACGCGCCAGUCCGCGCUCAAAUCUGCCCUGGCAGCCUGGCCUCCGCGCGCAGGGCAGAGACCGCUGGAAGAGUCAUUAGCACUGAGCACGAGUCCGUCCCGGUGGAGCCUGCAAGGAGCAGGACCUGUGCUCCGGCGCAAAGCCCUGGGGCGCCCGCGGGCAGCCCGGCCCCGCUCGGCCCCCGAGCCCCGCGCAGCCCCGGCUGGGGAGUGCGCCGGCCCGGGAAGCCGCUCCCUGCGUCCCCCAGCAUCCGGCGGCGCUUUGUGCCCUUCGGGCUCCUGGUCCUGCUGUACUGGCCCCGCGGGGGGGCGUCAGGCCAGGCGACAGGUGCUACUUCUCUUUUUUGUGAAUUCUCCGUCAAACCUCAGUCCAGUGCUGGACGACCAUGGUGUGAGGUUCGAGGCUAUGUCAAAAGAAACCUGUUUCUUUCCUACAACUGUCAGAGCAAGGAGCUCACACUUGUUGGUCCUAUGAGGACGAGGAUGAAUGAUACAGGGUUUAGGGAGACACAGAAAGAAACUCUGAAUGACCUGAUGGAAGAGCUCCAAAAGAAAGUGCGUGACAUCAAAGCAGAGAUUUACCCUAAGAAUGGUUCUCUCGACCUGCAUGGUGAGAUGAAGUGUGUUCGUGGGGCCAGCAGAUACACCAGUGCAUCCUGGCAGUUUGCCUUCAAUGGGCAGAUAACCCACCUCUUUGACUCAGAGAAUGGAAAGUGGACAGUGCUUCAACCUGCAGGCCGACAGUUUCAGGGAACAUUGGACAGUGACAGAGAUGUGACCAACUUCCUCACAAAGGUCUCCAAUGGAGAUUGUAAGAGCUGGAUGGAAUACAUAAUGAACCACUGGGAUGAGAAGCUGGAGACAACAGUGCCACAAAGCAGGCCUCAAGACAUGGCCCCAUCCGGGGCCUCGGGCAGCGCACCCAGCACCUGGAUCUUCCUCCUGUUCCUCUACUGUGCCAUCCUCCUUGGCAUCCAUGUCGGGGUCCUUUAAAGGGACAGGCUGGCGAAGCUACCAAGGAGCCCAGGAGAGUAGGGUCCAGCUGCGCAACCCUGCCUUUGUGCAGGCUGCCUUUGGAUGAGCUGCUGUUCAAUUUUAGACCACUAGAACUCGUGGCCUUACAUUCCAGAGACCUCGAACCAGACCACAUGGUGCAGCACUUGGACAUUCUGUGUCCUUUCCUACAUUCAGUGCCUCUCCUGUUCAGCACUCUGCCUUGGCAAAUUCUUGUUCGAGGUUUUUUCUAGACCCUGAAUUUCUUCUAAAUCAACCACAAAUUUGGGAACAUUGCAAAUGAAGUCCACUCUUUGAUGAGAAAGUUCAGUUCCAACUGGGGAAAGUUACCUGAGUCCCAGCCUUUAUGGCCUAACAUUACACCUCACUUGGAAAAAUAAACCAAACAUCCAAGUGCCCAUCUUGAGUCAAAGGAAAAAUGUUAUGUUUUUAGAAAACUGGAGCUACAGAAUAUAAAAUGCCAUAAAGUCAGAAGGAGCUGCAUAAGGCAUUUUUGCUUCUUUUUCUCUGGUAACCCCCCCCCCCCCCAAAACACACACACCCAUUCUUCCAUGCCCAAAGUUGAAGGCAGGUCAUACUAGAGGAUCUGCCAUAUUUUCUGGGCAGAAAAACCACUUAAGCCACCUUUGUUCCUGUCUUCGCAGCAUGGAAAACCCAAGUCUCAAGUAUAUGUAAGAGUCUAAAAACAGAAUGAAGUUAUAAUGAAGUUGCAAUAUAGCAGCCUCUCUCAUCUGAAGGAGGUGAACAGGGUUCCAACUGGACUUGAAGCUAGCUGUUUUGUUUCCCUUUUCCAACCUUUCAAUAAACCCAAGCAUGCAUUCAUAGAAUUAGCAAAUGUACAAUGUGAUCCUUCCUUAGAAGAAUGAAAAAUCAUUUAAAAAUCUCCAAAGACUUCUGAGAUAGAAGCCAACAACAGCUUUCUUUUCUAGGAGAAAAAUCCCUCUUCUUGUCCAAAAUGUAGAUUUACACAUGUAAAGAUGUGUAUUUUACAGAGAUUCUGUUAACCUCACAUUAUCUUGUCUUUAUGCUUCUUUGUCACAUCAAAGGUUUUACUGCAAAAUUGGACCUUUGUUCUUUUCCAGCAAAUGUACUUCACAGGAUGAGUCAAGAUUUAGAUAUUUAAUAUCUGUAGUUUUUAACCAUCUCUUUCAUUUCAUAUUAGAAUGCACAUGUGGAAUUUACUCCUUGUAGACUCAACUGUGCUUAUGACAGUAGCUGAAACUAGAAGACAUUAAAAAAAAAAAAAAAACCUGAUGUCAUCCAUACUUGCUAUUUAUUUAGUCUUCUUGUUUGGAACAAAAGGUAAAGAAUUCACAAAUACCAACAUCUAAAAGCACCUGUUUCAAAUUUAACAUCAGCUUCAGCUUCCAAAAUAAUUUCUUUAUAAUUAGGCAAAAAAAAAA